UCUCUCUCUCUCUCUCUCUCUCUCUCUCCACUAACCCUAAUUCCCCGAACCACCUCCUCCUCCUCCUCUAAUGGCGCACUCUCACCUCCUUAUCCUCGUCCUCUUCGUCUCGGUCUCCAUCUUCGCCUUCAUCACCGGCGCCGCGGCCUCCGACAUGUCGAUCAUCGCCUACAACACCGCCCAUGGCGUUCGCGGCAUCGGCGUUGAUCGGAGCGAGGAGGAGAUGCGGCAUCUCUACGAGGACUGGCUCUCGAGGCACGGGAAAGCGUACAACGCCCUCGGCGAGAAGGAUCGGCGAUUCGAGAUCUUCAAGGACAACGUGAGGUUCGUCGACGCCCACAACAACGGCGACGAUGCUUCCACCUUCCGAUUAGGGUUGAAUCGGUUCGCCGAUCUCACGAACGAGGAGUUCCGGGCGCUCUACCUCGGGAGGAAGGGGGAGAGGAGGAUGAGAUCGGGGCCGGAGGGUAACGGUAACGUGACCGGGCGUUACCGUUACGUGGAGGGGGAGGAUCUCCCCGCGAGCGUUGAUUGGAGGGGUAACGGCGCCGUCACCGCCGUUAAGGACCAAGGGAGUUGCGGGAGUUGCUGGGCAUUCUCAACGAUUGGGGCAGUGGAGGGAAUCAACCAGAUCGUGACCGGUGAGCUGAUUUCGCUGUCGGAGCAGGAGCUCGUGGACUGCGACACCAUCGAGAACCAGGGGUGCAAUGGCGGCCUUAUGGACUACGCCUUCGACUUCAUUGUCAAGAACGGUGGCAUUGACACCGAGGCUGACUACCCCUACAAGGCGGUCGAUGGGAAAUGCGACGUGAAUAGGAAGAAUGCAAAGGUUGUGACGAUCGACGGGUACGAAGAUGUUCCAGCGAACGACGAGAAGGCCCUGCAGAAGGCGGUUGCGCACCAGCCAGUUAGCGUCGCUAUUGAAGCAGGCGGCCGGGCUUUCCAGCUCUACGAGUCGGGCAUAUUCACCGGCCUAUGCGGGACCGACCUCGACCACGGUGUGGUAGCCGUGGGCUACGGAACGGAGAAGGGGAAGGACUACUGGAUCGUGCGCAACUCGUGGGGACCGAGCUGGGGCGAGGCAGGGUACAUCCGGAUGGAGCGCAACGUGAACGCAGCUGCAGGCAAGUGCGGGAUCGCCAUGGAGUCCUCGUACCCCGUCAAGAAGGGCCAGAACCCCCCCAAGCCCGGCCCGUCCCCUCCCAAGCCCACCCCGUCUCCUCCUCCGGCCCCGGUGGUCCCAACCACCUGCGACAACUUCUACUCGUGCCCCUCGAGCACCACCUGCUGCUGCAUAUACGGGCUCCGAAACUACUGCCUUGCCUGGGGCUGUUGCCCCAUCGAGAGCGCGACGUGCUGCGAGGACCACUACAGCUGCUGCCCCCCGGACUACCCGGUUUGCAAUAUCAAGAGGGGCACCUGCCAAAUGAGCAAGGACAAUCCUUUGGGCGUCAGGGCGCUGGCCCGUGCCCCCGCAAAGCCAUUCUGGGCAUACACAGGUGCCGACGAUGACGAGAAAAGCGUGAUUUUGGCUUAGUUGAAUAUGAGGUGAGAAUUGGAGGAGGAUGCUAUUGCUGAAUUCGUCUGCAAAAAUUUCUAUCGUUUAUGAGUUGGAUUCGAAAGAUUUGCUUGAAUUCUAUUCUAGCCUUUUCUUUUCUUUUCUUUACUUUUCAUUUCAUUUCCUUUCUUUAUUUUAGAGCAAAAUCUUGUACAUGGCUCUGAAUUUACCCGUCGGAUUAAUCAAGAACUGCUUUUGAUUUGUCUUAAA